GGGGCAGCCGGUAAGUGCUUUUGAGGCGUCGGUUCUCGAAGGGUGGAGGCGGAGCGCAGGGCAGGGCGCAGGGGGUUUCGCCGCCGCGGAGCGUCGGUAUGCGGUGCCUGUACAGUAUUCAAACUGCUAUAAUGAAGGCACCUUAAGCUAGAGACUUUGGAUUGCAGCUCUGUAGUGCAGCAUAACUGAGAGAAACUGGCUGAGGCUAUCGCUCAAAGUCUGUACGCUUGACAGAGAACUGUUAGGAUGGGAAACAGCGCAUUAAAAGCCCACCUGGAGACAGCACAGAAAACUGGUGUGUUUCAGCUAACGGGAAAGGGACUUACAGAGUUUCCUGAAGAUCUGCAGAAGCUAACAAGCAACUUAAGGACAAUAGACUUGUCGAACAACAAAAUAGAGCUCUUACCACCACUCAUUGGAAAAUUUUCCUUUUUGAAGAGCCUUGUUCUAAACAAUAACAAACUGACUGUUUUACCUGAGGAGCUGUGUAAACUGAAAAAACUGGAAACACUACACUUGAAUGGCAAUCACUUGAGGCAGCUACCAGCUGCAUUUGGACAACUUUCAGCUCUCAAAACCCUGAACCUUUCUGGAAACCAGCUGCGGACUGUGCCUACACAACUCUCUGGUCUUCGCCACUUGGAUGUGGUAGAUCUUUCCAAAAACCAGAUCCAAAAUGUACCUGACACUGUGGGAGAAUUGCAGGCUAUUGAGCUCAAUUUGAAUCAGAAUCAGAUUUCGCAGAUCUCAGUGCAGAUCUCCCACUGUCCACGCCUCAAAGUCUUGCGUUUAGAAGAAAACUGUCUAGAACUCAGCAUGCUUCCUCAAAGUAUCCUCAGUGAUUCCCAGAUCUCACUGCUUGCAGUAGAAGGUAACCUCUUUGAAAUCAAGAAACUCAGAGAACUGGAAGGUUAUGACAAGUACAUGGAACGAUUUACAGCUACAAAGAAGAAGUUUGCAUGAUCAUUAUUCUGACCCUGUGUAUUCCCAGUAAGAAGAGUUAGUGACUGAAAGCACCUGCUUCACUGACUUAAACCAAGACUGAUGAUGGAGAUGAUCUAAGUACUCUUCCUCUAGUAGUCUGAUACAGUUGGUCUGUUAAGGCCACAUUGAAUAAACUUGAACUAGAGAACAUGGGUAUUGAACCAAUGAACCUGCCCAGGGGCCAGUUUUGAUUUUUGUGCCACUAUAGCUUUUAACACAAUACAUGUUCUCCUUUGUCAGGGCUUGUUCUUUCACAGAGAAAGGGAAUGAGUGCUUCAAAAUUGCCAGUUCCCUUUUGUCCCAAAGCUGGCUGUUGAUUUGUAAGAUGAUUAUUUCUCUUGGAAACAUUUUUCUCUGAUCACACAUGGAAGUUCUACCACCAAAGCAGAUCUGAAACAUUGUAUGUCUUGCAGUAAGCACUAUUCUACAGAGAACAACUUUUACAGAUGUUUUAGUUUAUAUCCUAAGUUUUUUAUGAAGCACAAACAGUUGCAGCUAAGUUAUGUGUUUUAUUAACUGCUUCCAGUAAACAAAUCAUGGUUUGCACAUCCUUCAUUUGUGUUUUACUGUACAGACUUUCUUUUCCCAUAAGCAAGAAUUGCACUACAGUCCACUUCUGCUUGCACUGUCUCAAAUAAAAAUGAGGCUCACCAAUGUAUUCAGUAAAAACAUGUAGUGCUGGAAAAUAUAAUACCCUUACACUGGUUCCUUGUGUACAAAGCAAUGCUGAAAGUUUUAGUUGUCUGUCUACUGCUGCUGCCUUAUUACCAGAAGCACCUAGAAAGAGCUAAAAAUGUAUGCAAUUGUGUAACUUAUACUGAAAAGGAAAGUGUACUGGUUUAUUUUAGUAAAUUAUUUUCAAAAAAA